UAAAGUUUUCGAAUUUUCCCCAUACUGGCCUGAUCCGAGCGUGGAAAUCAUGGAUCCGAACGACGCAUCGUUGACCUGUGCCGUGACCAUCGAGUGGACCAACCAGCACGGAACGACCACGCGCAAAUUGGCGAACAAACAAGCCACGCUACGCUUGAUCCGGAACGCGGCCAAAGAUCUUUUGCUCAACGUUGCGAGCGACAAAUCGCAGCUGGCCAAAUUGCUUCUGCGGGGGGUAUCCGUCCAUUCCAAGUUCAUGACCGAGGGCAAGGCCAGCAUCAAAUUCAACGAGGAAAAGUGCACACUCUUUCUGUCGAAUGCCCCACCGGGAUUGCUAGUCCAGUUUCUGAAGGUGAUCUUCGUGAAGCUCACAAACGGCAAAGCUGGGACCACCGCUCCCGCCACCAGCAAGGCGGAAGUGCUGAAGAAUGCCCGACUGCAGAUGCUGAGCGGACAGGCCUCACUGCAUCAAUACGAUGAAAUCAGUCCGGUAACGACGGUCGAGUUGAAUCGUGCCAAAAAGCUAGCCCUAGGUGGAGGCUCUACGACAACCCCGUCACCGUCCCAAAAACGGAAACGCCCAUCCGGAGACGGUUCCACGAACACCGGUGAUCGUCCUCGGAAGAAGCUGUACGAUCCAACAUCAUCCGCAGCAGUAGGCAGUGAGGCUGGCGAACUGAGGCUCAACGAAGAACAGAAACGAGUUCUUCAGGCUUGUCAAUCCGGCCGCAGCAUCUUCUUCACCGGAUCGGCGGGUACGGGAAAGAGUUUUCUGUUGCGAAAAAUCAUUGCCGCAUUACCACCGGAUGGGACGAUCGCGACGGCGUCCACCGGAGUAGCGGCCUGUCUUAUCGGUGGCACAACUUUGCACUCAUUUGCCGGCAUCGGAAGUGGCGAGGCAACGCUCCAGAAUUGCUACGAGAAAGCAUCACGCGCCAACACGGCCCAAAUUUGGCGCAAAUGCAAACGAUUGAUCAUCGACGAGAUAUCCAUGGUGGAGGCCGAUUACUUUGAGAAAAUCGAAGCAGUUGCCCGGUAUAUUCGCAAGAAUGACAAAGCAUUCGGUGGAAUCCAGUUGAUUCUGUGCGGAGAUUUCUUCCAGCUGCCACCAGUUGGUCGACAAGAUCGGUACGGAAAGCAGCAAGCACUGUCGCAGGACAAUGAAACUGGAGCGGCUGGUGGGGUACGAUUCUGCUUUGAAUCACCUGUUUGGUCCGAUUGCAUCCAGACGUCCUAUGAGCUGACGGUGGUUCAUCGACAGAAGGAUCAGGAGUUCGUUUCGAUCUUGAACAGCAUUCGCAUUGGACGAGUGACGACCGAAAUCAGCGAGCGGCUACGGAAAACUGCUGGUCAGCGUAUCGAAACCGAAGGUAUACUGGCCACACAACUCUGUUCGCAUACAGCCGAGGUGGAUGCAAUCAAUCAGGCCAAGCUGGAUGGAUUAACGACGGAAGCGAAAACAUUCGAGGCUAAGGAUAGCGAUCCGUACUCGUCGAAACAGCUCGAUCAAAUGGUGCAGGCUCCGGGCCGGCUAACGUUGAAGGUAGGUGCGCAGGUGAUGCUACUGAAGAACUACAACAUUGCCGAGGGUUUGGUGAACGGAGCCCGUGGCGUUGUGAUGGACUUCGUGCAAGGACUACCGCUGGUUAAGUUCAAGCGGCGUGAGCUAGUGGUUCGUAGUGAAAAAUGGUCGGUAAAGACAGCGGCCGGAAUGGUAUUAACGCGCACGCAACUUCCGCUGAAACUGGCCUGGGCUUUUUCAAUCCACAAAUCGCAAGGCCUCACGUUGGAUUGUGUGGAGCUAUCACUGUCGAAGGUGUUCGAGGCGGGACAGGCGUACGUGGCGUUGAGCCGUGCCCAGAGUCUCGACAGUAUUCGCGUGCUGGACUUUGAUCUCAAGCAGGUGUGGGCCAACACAAAGGUCCUCGAGUAUUACCGGAAGCUCAGGAAGCGUCUGGCAGAGGAAAGUCUUAUGCAGCCAGUGGCGGUCAGGGCGAAACCGGAUCGAACCGGAAAGAAUCUUAAGAAAUCUCUUUCAGCACUAGGUUUAUCUAAGGCGGCAAUGAACAAACCCCUCAUGACGAUCAAUUGAUUGUAUCUCAACAUCAACUCAAACAUUUCUUUAGGUAAUCUAAUCCCAUUUCCGUUUCAUCCGCGCAAGAGAUAACAUUGAGCUAGUUUAUCGUGAUGUAAGAUUAUUUUAGGAAAAACACGCAGAUAGCCGAAUUUCAAGUGAAGUCAUUCUCUGGCACACAGUUAAGAAGCAUUUGUCAUUGUACUUAUAAAUAUUCAAUGGAAAUGUAUUCAGGAUGAUUCUUAAAGCAAUCAAACUGCCGCUAACAAUCUUUUUCAUAGCAAAUAAUAAUUGAAAUGUACCGAAAGACAAUAAAUAAUGUAACUGACU